AUGGCUUCCGCAAAGAAGGGCAGUGAGAAGAAGAAGGGCCGGUCUGAAAUCAAUGACGCAGUGACCAGAGAAUACACUAUCAACAUUCACAAACACAUCCAUGGAGUGAGUUUCAAGAAGCACGCCCCUCGGGCGCUCAAAGAAAUACGGAAAUUUGCCAUGAAGGUUAUGGGAACUCCAGAUGUACACAUUGACACCAGACUCAACAAAGCUGUCUGGGCCAAAGGAAUAAGGAAUGUCCCAUACUGUAUCUGUGUGCAGUUGUCCAGAAAACAUAAUGAAGAUGAAGAUUCACCAAACAAGCUCUAUACAUUGGUUACCUGUGUACCUGUCACCAGUUUCAAAAAUCUACAGUUAAUGUGGAUGAGAACUAACGGCUGA